CUUGCCCUGUGGUUUGUGUUCAGCUCCCCUACUCCCGGUGCUUCUUUCCUCCUCUCGCGCACAUUAUUCACAUCCUCCCGCAUUAUUCACAUCCUCCCGCACGGUUUAUUCCGCCUCACGCCUCAGCCCCGCACUGCUGCCCGGGACCGGGGGCGCUGCGCUGCUCCCCUCCCGAAGCGCACCGGGUGCCGCCCCACACUUUGGACCCUCCUCGCUUCCCGUCCGCCCCAGGGGGAGCGACCGGCGGCGGAGCCGCAGCUUCACCCGGAGGAGGCGGUGGCGGGACGCGAGCCCUGAGGCAGCCGAGCCGCUUCCUCCUCCUCCCUCCUCCUCCUCCUCUUCCUCCCCCCCAAGAUGGCGGCGGAGCCCGCGGAUCAGUUCUGCGUGGCCGAGGAGCGCAGCGGCCACUGCGCCGUGGUGGACGGGAACUUUCUCUACGUGUGGGGAGGAUACGUGUCCAUUGAAGAAAAUGAAGUUUAUCUGCCCAGUGACGAGCUGUGGAUCUAUGACAUGGACAGUGGGCUAUGGACAAUGCACCUGAUGGAAGGGGAGUUACCCACCUCCAUGUCAGGCAGCUGUGGGGCCAGCAUCAAUGGGAAGCUGUACAUUUUUGGGGGAUUUGAUGAUAAAGGAUACAGCAAUCGGCUCUAUUACGUCAAUUUGAGAACAAAAACCGGAACCUACAGGUGGAAAAAAAUCACAAAUUUUAAAGGUCAACCUCCCACACCUCGUGAUAAACUUUCCUGCUGGGUGUACAAAAACAGGCUGAUUUAUUUUGGAGGUUAUGGCUGCAGGAAGCACAAUGAGCUCAGUGAUUGUUUCGAUGUCCACGAUGCAUUUUGGGAAGGACAGAUAUUCUGGGGAUGGCACAAUGAUGUUCAUGUUUUUGAUACAACCACACAGACCUGGUCUCAACCAACAAUUCGAGGUGGAGAUCCACCUCAGCCUCGAGCAGCUCACACAUGUGCUGUGCUGGGAAAUAAAGGUUACAUCUUUGGAGGACGAGUGCUGCAAACCAGAAUGAAUGAUUUGCACUGCCUCAAUUUAGACACUUGGACUUGGUCUGGAAGGAUUAAUAUCAGUGGAGAGAAGCCCAGAGAUCGCUCGUGGCACACGCUGACCCCCAUAGGGGAUGACAGACUUUUCCUUUUUGGUGGCCUAAGCUCUGAUAAUGUCCCUUUGAGUGAUGGUUGGAUCCACAGCAUUGCAACAAAUGGAUGGAAGCAGCUCACCCAUCUGCCCAAGAGCAGGCCCAGGUUGUGGCACACAGCCUGCCUUGGGCAGGAGGGAGAAGUGAUGGUGUUUGGGGGCAGCAAGGAUGAUUUGAUCUAUAUGGACACGGGUCACUGCAGUGACUUGUUGAUAUUUCAGACUCAGCCUUAUUCCCUGCUCAGGCUGUGUCUUGACUGCAUUGGGAAGAAUGCAGCUCUGCUGGAGAACCAAAUCCCCUGCUUGCCAUCCAAACUUCUGCAGGAAGUGCUGAAAAAAAUCACAUUUUGGGCUGCCAUGACCCACAGGCAGGAGAGGAAAGCUGAGACUGAGAGACAAAGCCAGCUGCACUCCACAUGAAGCAGGGCAGGAGCUGCUGGGACACUCAGAGUGUUUGUUCAUGGACUUUGCUGCUGUUCCACUGCAGCUCUGAGUUCAGCUGGGUUUCUGAGUGAAGUUUGGCAACAAAUCCUUUUUCUGGGAAUCCCUUGUUUCCUGCACUAUGGAAAACUGAUACAACUUCAUUUCUAGAUUAUUGUUUGUGGUUUUGACCACACAGCCCUCACAACUUUUUGUUCUUUCGGAAGGGGAGCCAUUUCAGCUGGAUAAAAACCUAAAAAUCCUCCUUGGCCUUACCCCACCAGCCUUCCCAAAAAGAUAAAUUCAGCUGGGUGUCUUGGGGACGUUCACACUUUGUCAGUCUUAAAGGUAACAAAUUUCCCACCACCACCACCAAAUGUUGAUUCCACCAGGCUCUGAGCAAAAUCCAACCCUGGAGCCCCACACCUCACUCUCCAAGUAGGAAAAUCCAUCAGGGAAUUGUGGAAUUUGGAAGAAAAAGCUGCAAUGAGCAAUAUCACCUGGUCUCCAUAGGAAAACUUGAGUUCAUCACUUGGUUUUACUGUUUCUGUCAUCAGGAAAUCCUUUUGGAAAUAAGUUGUAUAUUGUAUUUUGGAUGUGCAAAGUUUAUAUUUCAUUCUUGUUUGAAAAAACCAACAACAAAGUUGCUUAUUUAUUGUUUAAAAAAAAAAAAAAGCAAAUGUAGUUCUGGUUAUUUUUCUGUUUCAAAUACUUAGUUACCAGGAGCACAGUCAUUAAAAUUUUAUAGAGAGUUGCAUCAUUUGAGGCA